AUGACUGGAGUAAAAAGAAGCCACAAAGAAACCGAAGAAAAAUCAGAUUUUGAACAGAUCAACGGAGAAAUCACUCAGGAGAACGAAAAUAAAAGAAGAAGAAAAGAACAAAAUAGAAAUUCACAAAAAAGUUAUAAAGAACGACGGAAUAAAUACAUCGAAAAAAUGGAAAAAAUAAUUGAAAAGUACGAAGAAAGAUUCAAGGAAAUUGAAGAAAAAGUCGAAAACUUAAUAAAAGGAAAACCAGUAGAAACAGGAAGCACCCGAGAAAAAGAAACUCAAACGGAAGAAAAACUAUAUACUCAAAAGGAAGUAGAUACAAUAAUUUGGAGGAUGAAACAAUUUGAUGAAAUAUAUAGAAAAGAAAAGCAAAAACAGGAAAUACAAAAAGAGCAAGAGGAAAAGGAUGAAAAAGAACUUGCGAUAAUUUUAGAAAUUUUGGAUCAAAAUAAUCAAUCAGGGAUCUAUACAAUUACUAAUCAAUAUCUAGGAGAAUGA